UUCUGGUUAAAUCGACAACGAAUUCGCCGAAGAGGUCAAAAGCCGAGAUGGAUGCUAUAAAUGGAGCCCAAGGGGUCUGCAAGUUUGUGGAGGUUCCAGGGGCUCUUCUCUUAGACUUGAGGAUUACAUGGCUAUUCUCAGGAGUAGCCAUCAAAUUGCUGGUUUCACCCUUUUCAACAGUUUCAUUGACUUGGAUGCACAUGAUACACUAGCCUUGAAGCUCAAAGGAGAUGGGAGAUGUCACAUAUCUACUGUACUCUUAACAUCUUCAGAUGCUAUUCUGGCCAAUCUAACACCCGCCCUUGUUGUGGAGGCAAAUAUGUUACAUGAAAGGUUUGCUCAUCAAUAUCAUAACCGCACGCUUCUUGGCAUGUACCCCAGAAAUCGGCAGGGUGAGUCUUCUAGACGGGGUGAUGUUGUUGGAUCAAGCCUUGAUAGACCUGCAGGAGGCAUCUCCUCGCACAGAAUUGUAGGAGGUUGUCUCUCAAUGACUUAGAAUGCUCUACAUUUGCAUCAACCUCUUUGGGAUCUGAAUGUGGGAUGGGUUUGUAGUGCAUGAAAUGUAAUGGGCUACUAAUUUUGUUGUGUUAGUUGUUGUUGGUCUCUUGUGCCAGUGUUGUAACUCAAUUGUCAUAUUUGAUAGGCGAGGCCUAGAUUUUUAUUUAUUUAAACCUCGUCCAAAUGAAUGUGUAUAUUUUUCAAUUA